GGCCGAUUCUUCUGUGUUCACGGAGGAAUAUCCCCCCAGCUUGUCACCUUGGAUGAUAUCUAUAAGAUGGAUCGCUUCCAAGAACCCGGCUCUCAUGGCCUGUUAUGUGAUCUCCUAUGGGCCGACCCCAUUGCCAACUUUGAUAGUCCAGACGAUCCAAGCGUGAUGGGGUACGGAUUCAGACACAACGAGACAAGGGGCUGUUCGUACUUCUUCACAUAUGCCGCCGCUUGCACAUUCCUCGAACGUAACGACCUUCUUGGUAUCAUCCGAGGGCACGAAGCGCAAGACGAAGGGUAUCGCAUGUACCGGAAGACUCCCACAAAGAAGUUCACCUCCGUGAUCACGAUAUUCUCCGCGCCAAACUACCUGGAUGUGUACCACAACCGCGGCGCGAUCCUGAAGUAUGCGAACAAGAACAUUACGAUCCGCCAGUUCAACUGGACAUCCCACCCCUAUUGGCUCCCGAACUUCAUGGACGCGUUCACUUGGAGUCUGCCGUUCGUUGGCGCCAAGAUCACUGAGAUGCUCCUCGCUAUUCUUAGUAUAUGCAGCGAGGAAGAGCUCGACUCCGUCGACUCGGAAGAAGAUGAGACACGCACGGUUGUCGAUCUCAGCAUGUCGGCGACGGAGAUUGCGCAACGGCGGCAGGAGAUCAAGAAUAAGAUCUUGGCUGUGGGCAAGAUGCAGCGGAUCUUCCAGCUGCUGAGAGAGGAGGCAGAGAGCGCCUCGGAGUUGUCGCCCAGCGAUGAGGGCCCGUCGGCGUCUGGUCUGGCGCCUCGUCUUGGGCCUGAUGCUCUGACGGUGCAGGGCAACAACGUCCGACGAUAUAUCCGGACAUUUGACGAUGCGCGCCGUUCCGACCUUGUCAACGAGCGGCUUCCCGAGUUCUCACCGCCGCCUUCACACUUCCCCCUGGUGCCUGCGCCGAGUAUGCGCUUGCAGAAGGCGGGCAGUCCGGGGAAUAUGGAAGUCCUCAUUAAGCGGGUAUUGGAGGAGACGGAAGACGGUGAUGUUGUAGAGCAUAUAGCGGAUCGCAUAGCACAGGGGAGGAGGGUGACGGGGAGACCCAGGGCGCUGAAGCGGUUCGAGACGACGUGAACUGAGACUCUAUCGUUCAGUGGACAUCUACGGCUUGGGAUGGUUUGCAGACUACGUAUCAGGAAUAUAUCAAUAAUGUGACAACAGGAGUUGGACAGCACACGUCGCCAGCAGCGAAAGCAGCGGCCAACUGAAAUCG